AGAGUGAGAGACAGUCAGAGAGAGAGUGAGCGACAGACAAAGACAUAGACAGAGACAGAGAGCGCGAGAGAGAGCGAGAGAGGAACAGAGUGGAUGAGAGAGAGAAACAAAAAGAAACAGGGAGACUGAUAAAGUAUGAAGAGGGAGGAAAGCAAGAGAGAGAUACUGUAGUUUGAAGAGGAACAAAAGUUUGAAUUUGAAUUUGAGGGAAAUACAAGAGAGAGAGAGAGAGAGAGAAGGAAAGAGAGAGAAACACACUAAGGGGUGUGUCAUAGCAAUUUAGUUCCUCAAGGAAGUACAACUGACAUUUAUCUUGAGACGGUGGCGAGCAGCACAGAUAGAUGAGACACAGAUAGAUGAGGAUUUUAUGUUUAUUUUCACCUGGUAGGAUGAAGGGAUUCCAUUAACGAGUGCUCAAUGCUCACAACCUGAGCCACGUGCCGUGGGGACAGACGUUUGACACGAAGGAGGGGGGGACUCUCUCUGGCACACACAGGUAAGGAUGGAGUCAUUCAGCUCCAAGGAUAUGGCCAUGCAGGCCCAGAAGAAGAUUCUCAGCCACAUGGCCAACAAGUCUGUGGUCCAUAUGUUCAUAGACGACACCAGCAGUGAGAUCCUAGACGAGCUCUACCGUGUUUCCAAAGAGUAUUCAGGUAACCGCUCAGAGGCCCAGAAGGUGGUGAAGGACCUGAUCAAGAUAGCAGUGAAGAUUGGCGUGCUGUUCAGACACAACCGUUUCAGCCCAGAGGAGCUGAGUCUGGCCCAGGACUUCAAGAAGAAGCUGCAUCAAGGAGCCAUGACAGCCAUCAGCUUCUAUGAGGUGGAAUUCACCUUUGACAAGACAGUAAUGUCGGAGAUCCUGACAGGAUGCAGAGAUCUGCUGUUGAAGCUAGUCGACUCCCACCUCACACCCAAAUCCCAUGGUCGCAUCAACCACGUAUUCAACCAUUACUCCGAUCCAGAGCUUCUGACCCAGCUGUACAACCCCGAUGGACCCUUUAAACCCAACCUCACCAAAAUCUGCACCGGCCUCAACCGUCUGCUGGAGGAGGGGACGUUAUGAGAGUGUGAGCAAGUCUACAAUUGUGAGAGAGACACUGGAAGAUCUGCUUGAUGGGGUCUGCUUAGAACUCAAGAGAGGACUGUGUGUAAGGACAGGAAGUGUCCAUGCUCUAAAUAAGAACUGGCGAGAUUUGUGAUUCAAGUUUUACUUGAUGUAGUCACUCACUGAUCUGUUAUUUUCCAAAAAGGGUACUGCCCAAAGUGGAAAAAAAUUUGAAAAUACGCAGGAUGAUGUAUAGUUAAUGUCUCCUGAUGAAUUGUGUCUCAACGAAUGGAGUUCCUGGAAAGUCAGGAUUCGGUUAAGAUUGUGUCAACCACCUGAUUUUUAUACAGUGGAAUUUCCGUCCAUGGUUUCACACUCAUUUACUACUAUUCUAUUUUUUCUCUCUCUCGACAUAUUAUGUACUGUAUAGGGAAAGAGAAAACUCAAGGACUGACUGACAGAAUGAAAACAAGGGUUAAAGCAAGAGGUGAAAUAUAACCACAAUCUAGUGGUCCAGCUGGCAAUGACUCAGUACUGCAUGUAUCAGUACAUAUCAAAGAAAAAAAAUAGAAGCUUAUUUACAAAAACAGUGCACAUCUAUUGUGGAGAUACAAGACAGUCAUUUUAUAAGACCCAAAGAGAAACUGGACUGGAAUAUUUAAGAACUGGCUAUAAAAUAAUUCAGCUUUAUUUGGGCCUUGUACAUCAUAUGAUUGGAAAAAAAUAAAAUGCCUUGUAAAUUGGUGCCUUUAUUGUCUAUUUGUGAAUAUAUUGACUUCACAUCUUUAGUUAAUGUUUUUAAAAUAUACAAUAUGUGCAAUUUAUCAAUAAAUUGACAACAAUGUGUGUACAUACA